AUGGCGCACCAAGAGACCAACCCGUGGCAUAAAGUGGAUCUGCUGAAUGAAUACCAAGUGAAAAAUGUGGCCAUCACUAACAGAGAUGACCUCGCCACUUAUCAGAGGAUAAACGGGGCGGUUCUUCGUGUCGGGAACUUCCGUGACGACAUUUACAGAAACACAAUAUGUGCCGAAAUUCCUACUAUUCCUUCUGGAGUCACAGAAACCUACUCAUGUGGAAUGGUGGGACGUUACGUGAUUCUUCACAUUCCUGGAGCUCAAAGGAUCCUUAGUAUUUGUGAGCUUGAUGUCAACGGGCAGUUGAUAGGAAAUUUGGCCUCAAAUGGAAGCACUACACAGUCAUCAACAUCUGGGGACUGGUUUGCUGAAAAGGCCAUUGAUGGUAAUCGGGGUCUUCAUGGGUUACGUAAAGGAGGCUGCUCCUCAACCCUUGCUGAGACUAACCCAUGGUGGAGGCUGGAUCUGAGUAACGUGUACAAUGUUAGUAGAGUGGUGGUCACCAACAGAAACGACUGUUGUGUAGAACAAAUAAACGGAGCGGAGAUUCGCAUCGGAAACUCUUUGGAGAACAACGGCAACAACAAUCCCAGAUGUGCUGUUAUUCCUGCUAUUCCAGGAGGCUCUUACAGCUACUCAUGCGGUGGGAUGGAGGGACGUUACGUGAAUCUUAUCAUUCCUGGAGUCAUGAAGAUACUCACUCUGUGUGAGGUGGAGGUUUUUGGAGAAGGUCCUGUUUUAAAAAGAUCAAUUUUAAAGAUGAUGUUGAACUCCAAAGCUGAUCUGACUGACCAGACAAUGAGAGAAAUCAUUCUGGAAAAGUUGGCAUCUGCUCUGGCUGACAGAGGAUUCACAAACGUGACACUGAGUUGGUUUCAAACCCCUGAACGGGUGAUUCAGAAGGUGAACGCUCCUAAACGCGGAGAGCCAACAGUCUGCUAG